ACGGCCCUGCUCCCUUGCACUUUCACCACACAAACUCAAGUGAGCUUCCAAAUUCACGCAUUUCACUUGCCAGUCAAACCCGCUCUCAAAAUUUAGGAAUGUGGCCAACACCAGCGCGCCUGGCCCGUCAGGCGGCAGCCAAAAGCCCAAAAUCCUCCGUCUACAUCUUUUCUCGGCCCAAAACCACACCACUCGAACCGUCCAUGCCGCGGAUAUUACCCCGAGAAAGCGUUCCCACUGCGCAGAAAGGACAAAUCCACCCCGCGCCUAUACCGAGAAACCACGAACUCAAGCAAGCUACUUUGAUCGAAGCACUUAUUGAGAAGAAACGGGUGUCGGCGGACUGGCCGGCUAAUCUGAGGAUAGAGCCGUUCGUGAGCAGGAAACAAUGGGCACCUGUCAAGCAAGGGUUGAGGUCUAAGCUGAAGAGCAUGCUGAGAGAAGCAUGAUGAAGGCCGUCAUUCUCCUCCCCAUAGCAUCUGCAUCAUAUUAUACAAACACUGUCCGAGUGCUUAAUGAGCCUUUACUCCUCGUCCUUAGAUUCUCAGGUAAGAGAAUCUGUCCAUGGUUCCUUCGCGUGGGUUGAGGUAAGGCCAGUGAGGGUGCUGCGAAUACCACUCAAGCUGAGCCCGACGAAGCGGGAUAUGGCUCUCGCUCAGCUGCCUCAUUCUGUCAUGCACAACUUUGACCAGUCUGUGCAAGUGCCCGUCAACCAACUCUCUGUCAUUUCUUGGGGGAGGGACUUGUAUUCGCCGACGUUCGAUUGGGAUGGCCAUUAAUGCAAAGCGAUCACGUCGGUUGUUUCUCGCCAGAGAUUCGGUAGGACCUGAGAGGAACAGCUCCUCAGGGUGUAGGGGAUCCUCUGGAAAAGGUCCUCGGGAUCUGAUCGGAACCUCGAAAAAGCGACCGACAGGGCUGCAAAGCUUUCCGCGAAUUUGAGUUAUAAAACAUAGUGUUUGCAGUCCCAUGGGCCGUCUGUCAAGCAUGAUUGCAGGUCUGCCAACAGGUGGAUGAGCAUCUCUCCUCGCUUCAGUUUCUAGGAUCUUCAUGAUUUCCUCUUCCUCCGGAACGAGCUUUAUUCCUCGUGUUGUGAGAAAUUCGUAGAAACAGAGAGUGAUGCUGGCUCGUUCUUUACACAUAACCAACUGUCCAGGUGCAGCUCUAACAGAGCAUGCUGUUCUAGCAGCCUUGGAAAGCGAGCGGAGGAUGUCACCGGGCAUCAAGCAUGCAUAGUAGUCGAUGACUGGAAUGAAGAAGUAGUUGAUGGAUAUACUGUAUACUCGAGCUGACAUCAUCAACAUCAAUCCAUGUCUUGUCCGGUCGACCAUUCUCAAGUCAAAAAGGAGCAAUCCACCGACGCGGCAAAAUGUCCGGUAGACCAUAGCCCAUCUUCUCAGUCCAAAGACAGUUCUGCGUCUGUAUGGAGUCGCUUGUUUUCCUCGGGUCCUACUCCCUCGUCGUCCACUCCGGAAACUACCACCUCUAUUCUCUCCACCGAGCGGGACAUAUCUAGUAUCCCGCGAGCCGGAACAUCUGAAAAUUGGGUUUAUCCGUCUCAAGCCCAAUUUUUCUCUGCUAUGGAACGCAAAAAACACGAUCCGCAAGCAGCCGACAUGCGCACCAUUGUUCCCAUUCACAACGCCGUCAACGAGCGUGCUUGGGGACAGAUUUUAGAGUGGGAGAGUCUACGGGAUGCAAAUGGGUGCACGGACGGUCCACAGCUUGUCACUUUUAAAGGUCGCGCAGCAGAGACAGACCGUAGUCCGAGGGCGAAGGCUCGGGUGAUGAUGGGUUAUACCGCCCCCUUUGACCGACAUGACUGGAUCGUCGACCGCUGUGGUAUUCAGAUGCGGUAUGUCAUCGACUUCUACACCGGCAAGAGCACCGGGCCGAAUGCGGGACCCUCGUUUUAUCUGGACGUUCGGCCAGCCCUUGACAGUUGGGAGGGCGCCAGGAUGCGGAUGCAACGGUUCUGGGGAGGUUUACUUGGUUUUGGUCCAUCGUCACAGAUUGUGUCGAAAGCGUAAAACAGUUUAUCUGUGAUGCAUAUAGAUUGCUCCAUUCCUGCGUCAUCCUGAGGUCGAACUCUCCGACGCUCCGCACUGGAGAUAGUGCGGCUCUGAGGUCGAGUGGCUCCUGCAGAAGACGUACGGGACCAAAGCAAUUCGUGCUUCACUGCUGAGUACAACAAAUGCCUGCUGUGUAAUGAUACAGUAUGGGCAAUAUAUACAGAUGUGCGCGUUUCGACAUUAGAUCGUGACGAAGUUGACUCUACGCAUCUUCUUCCUCUCGCACUCUCUUGAUCCCCAAUUGCGCUGGGCCGGCUGCGGGAACACCACUGGUAACACCAACCACGAGACCCUUGAGCCAUCCGUUCUCUCUCCGGAGACCCUCGCAUUCCCGUUCUAACUCUCCGACCCGUGAUUCCAACUCUUUCGCCCGUGUCUCGAGCGCGGCCUCACGCUCCUUCUUCUUCAGCCUGAAGCGGGCCGAUGCGGCCGUGUUCCUCCGCCGCUUGUCCUCUGCCACGCUCAGAGAGGACUCGACAGAAUCCUCCGGAGACUGAACUUCUGGAGACGAUGAGAUCGAAGACUUGCGUGUUCGAGACCGCUUGGCGGCCGGAGGGGUAUCGUAAGCAGCCGAUUUGCCGGAAGAUGGUUCGGCGGGCUGCUGAGGCAGAGCAAAGUUGGGGCCUUGGGCUGCGGCCAACAUCUGCACGAUGGAGAGGGAGGGUUGAUUGUUUUGGGCGACACGUCCAUACGAGGCUAGUAAUUCUGCCAAGUCGUAGGUGUUUUGCGGGAGGAGGUUGGGGACGUUCAUUCCCUGGGCAUGAGCCUGUGGGAGACCCGAUUCGAUAGAGUGGUUAUCCUCGCCAUGAGAAUCAUGGAGCGAGUCUGUGGAUGGGCGUUUUUCAUCGAAGAGGGGUUCUUCGUCGUCGAAAUUGAUAUUCUUCCAGUAGAGUUCAGAGUCGUGGAAUGAAGGACCAGGCAAAAGGUCCUGUGCGCCAGAGGAGGUGUGAGGAGGGUGGACGACGUUGAGGCCGUGCAGUGACGAUGGUGCCAUCUUGCGUGGGAGUAGCGUAGAGAUAACGAGACAAGGGGGAUGGAAGGGGAUGGAUGUAUGUAUAUGCAGUGACUUUGUAAUCCACAGAUGACUAACCACGGCAUCGGACCGAUCGAGAAUUUCGGGUCCAGGCACAUCCUUUUUCCUCGGCGAUUUUCGCUCAACGAGUUGACCGACCGCUAUUCUGCGCAAGUCCGCUACUCCACUAGAGCAAAGAACAUCUCUCUGCGCGUACAUGAAAGGGCUCUCAGGCCUCACGAGUCGAUCUCCCAAAGAACGUGAUCUGCUGAGAAAUCAGAUUAUGAUUAGUAUAUCUCACAUGACAAAUC